CUCUUUCAAAGCUCCGGAAGUGGGGAAAGGUAGACCGGAUACCACUACUGGCGUGGGAUUACGAUUUGUGAGCGUUUCGAGGUUGAGAAGACAACGUGAAAAUGAGUAAAGCACAUCCACCCGAGUUGAAAAAAUUCAUGGACAAGAAGCUUUCACUCAAGCUGAAUGGAGGACGCCAUGUUCAGGGCAUAUUGCGUGGAUUUGACCCAUUCAUGAACUUGGUGGUGGACGAUAGCUUGGAAAUGGCACCAGGGGGACAACAGAACAACAUUGGCAUGGUGGUGAUCAGAGGAAACAGCAUUAUUAUGUUGGAGGCGCUGGAAAGAGUAUGAUGAAUUUUGGGACCUUGCAUCGGUGCAUGACAAAGAACCAUGGAGAACUUUUUUUUUUUCUGUAUUGUUCAGUUAUUUUUUGUUGAUAUUUGUUAGUCAAGUGUUAUGAACAGUAACUCUGGGAAUCAGAAUGGAAAUGGUGUUUUUGUAAGUUUAUGUUUGAAUGAGAGAAAAAUAAAAUGUCUUUUUGAUCUA